CUUCUUAAAAAAGAGCAGGGCUUUUAUAUCUCGCCAUCAUUUCUGUCUCCACCGAUGCCAUUCUUCCAAAUUAGAUCUCUUCUUUUUUCGCUAUCCAGCACUGAAGCUCCAUAGACAGUUCCUCGGGUCCUUAAGUCAUCAUCGCCUUUGAAAACAACUGCCAGCAAAAUGGACCCGUUACUUAAAAUAGCCGAGUUGAAGGGGAUUCCGGCGGCGGUUGAAGGCUCCAAUUUCAUCUUCUCGCCGCUCUCUCUCCGCGCAGCUCUGAGCCUUACUGCUGCAGGUGCUAAGGGAGAGACGCUGCAGCAGCUGCUGUCCUUCUUCGGCUCACCCACCGUUGACCAUCUCCACUCUGCUUCUUCUACUCUCAUUGAAGCCGUACGUGGCGGUGACAAUGAGCUGCUGCUUUCGUUUGUGAACGGGGUGUGGGUUGACCGCUCUUUGACGGUCAACCCCUCGUUCAUGAGGAUCGCCGAUUCCAUCUAUAAUGCAGCUGCCGAUUCCGUUGACUUCAUCCACCAGGCUCCACGCGAACAAAAAAAAAUUAACAAUUGGAUUGAAGAAAAGACCAAUGGGAUCAUAAAAAAUCUCAUCCCUGAUGGAGCAGUACAAAACACAACCAGGUUAAUCCUUGCCAACGCCCUCUACUUCAAAGGAAAGUGGCAAAACAAAUUCGAUAGCUCCAUCACCGGAAAUAACCAUUUUUAUCUCUUAGAUGGCAGCACCAUUCAAGUACCCUUCAUGAGCAGCAGAGAGGAUCAAUUCAUCUCAUCUUAUGAUGGAUUCCAAGUCCUCAAACUUCCUUAUCAGCAACAAGGAGAGAACCAAAUAAAACGUAGCUUUUCCCUGCUGCUCUUUCUACCAGACAAGAAGAACGGGCUUCAUGAUCUUAUCAGCCGAGCUGUUUCAGAUCCAAAUUUCAUAGACGAGCACGUUCCUUACCGGAGAGUUAAAGUUAAUCACUUCAUGGUUCCGAAGUUUAAGAUCUUAUUCAGUUGUGAAACAACUGACGUACUGUCAAAUCUCGGCCUAAGAAGCCUUUUCAGUUGGCCAGAUGCCGAUUUGAGUGGAAUGUGUUUGGAAUCAGCAAAACUGUGUGUGUCGAGUGUACACCAUAAAGCUGCGAUUGAGAUUGAUGAAGAAGGCACGGUGGCAGCAGCUGCGACAGGGCUAACAUUUUCAUUAACAUGUUACACUCCGCCAGCGAAAUUCGUGGCUGAUCAUCCUUUCAUGUUUAUUCUUCGAGAAGAUGUAGCAGGUUCUAUUUUGUUCUUUGGUCAUGUUGUCAAUCCAUCAGUUUUGGGGUAAUUAAUGCACCUAUAUUCCUGAUGCAUGACCGAAGACAGCCAGUCCCAAUUUGAUUUGGUGAAUCGCUUAAUAUUAAUGACAGUUUGUCGUUUAUAAGCUUAACGUUUGAUUGUUGGGUUACUAAAUUCUGAGUGUUGACAAUCAACUGAGAUGUUUUAUUUAGGAUUCAUGUUUUUAUGGAAGAUUUACAUUCUUACCA